GGAUGGCAGAAGCAGCCGGAAUUCCCUAUAGGACCACAGGUUCCACCCUCUUGCACCCGCUUAGUGACCUCCUGGGCAUCCCACUAGAUCAGGUCAAUUUUGUUGCUUGUCAGCUGUUUGCCCUCUUGGCUGCAUUUUGGUUUCGCUUGUACUUAAGCCCCAGUCAUACCAACUCUGGUGUUCGUCAUGCAUUUGCCACCAUUUUGGGAAUAUAUUUUGCUGUCUUCUGCUUUGGUUGGUAUUCCAUCCAUAUUUUUGUUUUAGUGAUGAUAAGCUAUGGAAUCAUGAACAUGGCCAGUAUUCACAACAUUCACAGGUACUCUUUUGUGGCAGCUAUGGGAUAUCUCACGCUGUGCCACAUUAGUCGGAUAUACAUAUUCCACUAUGGUAUUCUCACUACAGAUUUCUCUGGUCCAUUGAUGGUUGUAACACAGAAGAUCACAACUCUUGCUUUCCAGGUGCAUGAUAGAAUAGGUCGAAAAGCUGAAGAACUAACUACUGAGCAGAAUCAACUUGCUAUAAAGACAAGACCUUCCUUACUGGAGUAUUUGAGCUACCAGCUGAAUUUCAUGAGUAUCAUAGCAGGCCCAUGCAGUAAUUACAAGGACUACGUAGCCUUCAUUGAAGGGAGACAUGUGCGGAUGAAGUUAUUAGAAGUCAACUGGAAAAAAAGGGGUCAUGAUAAACUUCCUGAUCCUUCUCCAUUGGGAGCUGUGCUGCACAAACUUUGUGUCACGCUUGUAUCUCUGCUUUUGUUCCUGACGCUUACCAAGAACUUCCCAGUGACAUAUAUUGUUGAUAAACAAUUUAUCAGUAAGACUUCAUUCUUGUCAAGACUUGGUUUUCUGUAUGUUGUCAUGCAAGCUUCAAAACCAAAAUACUACUUUGCAUGGACACUUGCUGAUGUAAUCAACAAUGCAGCUGGCUAUGGGUUCAGUGGUGUUGAUGAGAGAGGCAAUUUCCAUUGGAACCUACUUUCUAAUCUGAAUAUCAGGAAGAUUGAGAUGGCAACAAGUUUUAAGAUGUAUGUUGAAAACUGGAAUAUCCAAACCACUGCCUGGCUUAAACGCGUAUGCUAUGAUCGAGCUCCUCGGUAUCCUACAGCGUUAACAUUUCUUCUGUCAGCUCUUUGGCAUGGUGUUUACCCUGGAUAUUACUUUACAUUUGUAACUGGUAUCUUUAUGACACUAGCAGCAAGAGCAGUCAGAAACAGUUGUCGGCACUUCUUCAUCUCGCCAAAGCCUCUCAAGAUGAGCUAUGACAUGGCCACCUGGUUGGUAACUCAGCUCUCUGUCUGCUAUACUGUUGCACCCUUUGUUCUCCUAGCUGUUGAACCUACAAUUAUAUUAUACAGGUCCCUGUACUUCCAUAUGCAUAUUUUGUGCAUACUUGUGUUGCUGUUCCUGCCAAUCAGAUCUCAAAAACACAUUGAAAACCAGCAGCCUCCAUUUCAAAGCAUACAUAACUGUCAUAUAAACAAGAAGCAAAAAUGAUACUUCAAAAGGGAAUGGCUGAUCCUCUUUUGUGGGUUGCUGGAAAAAUGGGCACCAAGAAUACAUCAUUGACAGUGACUUGAUUUAAAACACUUAUUGAGGACAGAACAAAUCUUGACUGAUUAUACAGCAACAAGAUUUAACUGGCAAUGUUUACAUCCUUGAAGAGCAAAGAUUAUAAUUUCUUCAUAAAC